UCGGUGUUCUGGGUGGUGUAAUUUUUUACAUGAAAAACACUAAUUUAAAGUACCCCCAGUGUAUAAAAGUGUUCCCGUUGUAAGUGAAACAUAGACUAAUUCCCGUUAUGAAUCAAAACGAUGUAUCCAUUUAUCUAUAGCUACGCUUAUUGUCGGUUUCUGAACCCGAUCCAUCGUCCAUACGUCUUGUCAAAACCCGUACAAUAAGAAUAUUAAAAAUAGCUAACCUUAUAUACAUACAUAAUACAAAGUGUUGUUGUUAAUUAUUGUUAUACUAUGUCAUUGUUGUUUAGCGUUAUAUCAAUCGAUUUUAUAACUUUAUUAAACUAAUUCGAACAGAGUGUAUUUUGUAACAGCGCGCGAUAACUUUAUCAAUCGAACCUACAUGAAUGAAAAUAACAGAGGUUCGAAUGUUUGUUAGUAGAGAGAAAGAGAAUACCCGCGACCUUAAGUGCUGCUCAACGGGGUCGUUGCCCAUGCACUUCUAUGUACUAAAGAUGUCAUGUCUACAAGUCAGUAUGGUCUCGGAUAGAAAGCCAUGAGCGGAGCGAAAGAUCCUAAAGAUACGUCGAGGUAACCUAAAGUGGAUAAUAAGCGGGUUUUUAACGACAUCGCGCCUGUGAACUAGAACUUGCACUAAAAUUAUAUAAGUGAUCGCGGUUGUGAUAUUUUACUUCCAUCCAUUUGAGAUAUGCUUAAGUUUUAUUCCGAGUUUUAAGGGUUUGUUGUUGCCGUCGUUUAAAUUCUAAAUUUUUGUAGUUAGAAGGGUUGUUUUCACGGAGAUGGAAGUCACCUAAAAGGAGGAUGGCCGAGGACAAUAAUAAGAGGAGGCUGAGCCAAGUGUACGACCCGCUGUCUAGAUUGGGUGAACUCACGAGAUCGUCGCAUUCUACGCCUUCGUCGCCAAGGCUUCUUCCGCGACGCGCGAGAGACGCGAGUUCGGUAGUGCCGCCUCCGCUAGUUGCCUUCGAUGUGCUGGAAUCCGGCCACAGCGGCGGCAGCCACAGUGAUCCAAGUGCUAUCAACUGGCAGGAGAGAUGUCUGGAACUGCAGCUGGAGUUGCACAGGAGCCGGACGCAAGCCACGAGGACGAGAGACAUGCUGAGAGAAAAGCUUUCCGAGCUCGAGCAGAGAGUUCUGGAGGCGGAGGGACGAGCAGAAGAAGCGGAGGACAAGGUACGAAUAAUGGAACAGAAGCUCGCAUGGUCAGUGCAGAGUGACGCGAAUAGCGCACAGAUCCACAGGCUAGAGGGUGAAGUUGAGGAGCAGCGUCAGCUGCGGCUGCACGACGCCAAACAGGUGGAAGCCAAAGCGGCCCGCAUCAAGGAAUGGGUCACGAAUAAACUCAAGGAACUAGAGAUACAGAAUCAGACGCUCAAGGAGCAGAACAUUAAGUGCAAUCAGCAGCUAGAGUUGCUCAAAAACCAUCUCGCCUUGGCGGACAGGAGGAGGUCGGAGAGCAGUUCGCCUGAGUCUAGACAAUUGGGCGCAUCAUCCACUGGCACAAGCAGUCAACGGCACCGCAGGCACCAAUCCGUCUGCUUAUCUACGAAUUCUAACUUUGAACCAGUCAUACCGAGUACCCUAGUAACCAGCGUCAACUUUGGCACGAGUAAUUCCAGUAUGGAUCCAUUAACAGACGAACUGCGUGCCGCUGUGGACAACCUUAGCAUAGGAAGAAUUCCCAGCAGCAGCGCAAGUGAUCCAGAUUUGGCACAUGACUAUGCCGAAAUCUAUACACCGAGUAGGGAGAAAGUUGCUUGGCCCAGGGCUCCUACACCACCGAUACAUCGAUUUCCGAGCUGGGAGGAUAGAAUUUAUCAGGUAGCCGCAGAUGGUUUAACACUAACAGGUACUACCCCGAGUGAUAUUGGUCCAGAACAAGCUGGAUAUCAGGACAUACCAGUUCCUGUUUAUGCCACAGUUAAAGGUCGAGCUAGUCAAAUUAGGUCAAUACCUUUUACUGGUGAUUCAUCUGAUGAUUCCAGUGAUGGUGAAGGAAAUAAUACAACUGCCGUAGAUGGGACAAAUACUCACAGUAGAAGUUCAGGAGAAACUUCUGGAUCUAGUCCAGGAAAAAGAACAGCAUCAAGUAGUAGCGGUUCUCCUAGUAAAAGUAAAACACGAGACACCUCUUUCGAAUCGGGGAUGUCGGAUGAUUACGCAGUGCCUCCAGAUGCUCUUAGUUGUGAUACCACCAGCCUCGAAUCUUCUAUGUUACUUAGAGCUUCAUACUUAGAUAGUCCAAAGAGAAUUGAAAGCUUGGAAAAAAGCGGUUCACUUGCAAAAUUAGGUGGUAAAUUAAAAACAUGGAGAAAGAAAUGGUUUGUUUUAAAGAAUGGAGUCCUCACCUAUUACAAGAGCCAAAAUGAUAUUAAUAGGAAGCCUCAAGGUCAAAUUUUAUUGGACGAAAUAUGUAAAAUAACACGAGCUGAAGGGUCCAAUACUUUCGAAAUCGAUACAGGGAAGAAAACUUACUAUUUAACGGCUGAUUCGAUUACAGCUAUGGAAGAUUGGGUUAAAAUCUUACAAAAUGUGCAAAGGAGAAAUGCAACUAAACUACUUUUGAGCAGAGAAGAAAAUAAGCCCUCAAUACAGGGCUGGAUAAAAAAGAAUAAGUGCGGCCACGAUAAAACUUGUUGGUGUGUUCUAAUAGGGAAAAUGUUUUUAUACUUCAAAGCUCCAACGGAUACAACACCACUUGGUCAAAUUAACAUGAGAGACGCUAGAGUGGAAGAAAUAGAACAUUUGUCUGAUUCUGAUUCUGAAGAACGGGAUCCAGAGCAGCCGGAUUUCACUAUUGGUAUUUUUCCAACCAAUCAAGCGCCUACUUACCUGGCUAUACCAGGAAAACAGGAAAAAGACGCUUGGUUGUAUCAUUUGACGGUAGCAAGUGGUGGGGGUCCGAGUACCGGAACCCAAUACGAACAACUGAUUUAUAAAUUAAUGGAAGUUGAUGGGGACCCUAAUUGCGUCUUAUGGAGACAUCCAGUGCUUUUACAUGUGCCUUGUACCAAAGACGGUGCUGUACCAUCAUACUUUCCUCUAACUAGUCUGCCUACUGAAACUUUCCAAGCCGAAGCGAUAAAGCUGUUUAAGUGUCUCCAGCUUUUCAUGUCAGCCGCAGUGGAUCAAGCCGGCAUAGACUACCAUGUGGUACUGGCUCAGAACGCCCUGCAACAGUGCUUGGACAUGCCAGAACUGCAAGCUGAACUAAUUUGUGCUCUCAUCAAACAGACCAGCAAGAGUGCCCCUUUGCCAAAACUGGGAGUCCAGGUAUCCACACAAAAAUUGCUUAAAAAAGGCCAACUACUUCUUUGCGCCACGCAAAGUCUGUUUACUUGUGAGACAACGACACCAAGUAUAAAUAGCACGACCUCUGAUCAACAAAUCGCCUUGUCCAAUAUACAGGCCACUCAGGAGGAAAAAUACAAGGAGCACAAGGAGUGCUAUAAAGAACAUAAAGAUCCGAAGGGUCCCCCUUCUUAUACUCUGCUUCAGGGAUGGCAGCUGUUGGCGCUGGCGGUGAGUUUGUUUGUUCCCAAAUCGUCGAGAUUGUUGUGGUUUUUGAAGCUUCACCUUCAGAGGAAUGCCGAGAAUAGAACAGAGUGUGGAAAAUAUGCGGCAUAUUGCGAACGAGCCCUAGAAAGGACCAUUUUAGCAGGUGGUCGUGAAUUGAAACCUUCCCGUAUGGAAGUUUUAAGCAUUCUCCUGAAAAACCCACAGCACCAUUCACUACCACAUUCGAUGCCUGUCCAUCUGUUAAAUGGCACCUAUCACAUUACAAGUUUUGAUGGCUCCACAACAAUAAAAGAAUUUCAAGAUUCUUUAGCUCAUGAAAUAGGCUGUCGAACAAAUAACGGCUUUGCAAUAUUCAGCGAUGAUCCGAUAGAAAAAGAUUUAGAGCAUACGUUAGAUCCUAAUGCGAAAUUAUGUGACUUAAUAUCAAAAUGGGAGAUUGCAUUGCGAGAGAAAGGUCUAGGGAAGUUUGAAAAUAGUAAAGUGAUUAGAUUAACUUACAAAAAUAGACUUUGGUGGAAGAACUGCGUGCGGUUAGAGACAGAAAAGGAACGACUUUUGCUGUGUUAUCAGGUUAACAAGCAAAUCGUCAGUGGUCGCUUUCCUUUGACCAGAGAAUUUGCCCUAGUGUUAGCUUCGUUAAUGGCCCAGUUAGACAUGGGAGAUUGUUCCUUGAUCGCUAACAAACCGAACGUCAAUACCACUUUAAGUCCGAAGUCUACAGCAAAUGGAUCUCUUAGUCCCCCAUCAUCUCUCCAAAACUCGAGUACACUGAAUGCUCUGAAUAAUGUUCACGGCAUAUUGACUGCACAUUCAAAUCAAGCUCUCAAUGCUGUAGAUAAAUUUUAUCCAUAUAGAUACAGGGACCAACUGAACCAAGAAGGCCUAGCAGAACUGCAAGCAAAGUUGAUGGCCAAAUGGAGGUCUCUCAAAGGGAGGACGCAAUCAGAUUGUGUUAGGAUAUAUUUGAAUUGCACGAGAAAGUGGCCUUUCUUUGGAGCAACUCUGUUUCAGGCGAGAAUAAGGCAACAGGACUCCCCGAUGAUCUGGCUGGCAGUAAACGAAGACUCCAUAACGGUCCUAGACUUGGCAACAAUGCAGCAACGAGUGCGCUACCCUUACACGAAUGUCCUAACGUUCGGAGGCUGCCAGGAAGAUUUUAUGUUGGUCGUUACUCAAAACGAUCAGCAGCCAUCCCAAAAACUGAUAUUCUCACUUAGCAAACCCAAAAUAUUAGAACUCACUCUGCUUAUAGCAGACUACAUGAAUCUGCUAAUUAACAAUCCCGGCACGCCACUUUUAGGUACACUUAGUAGAGGAACUAUGGUCUCUGUCAACCAGUCUGUAGUGAACCAGUCCAUUAUUAGUCAAACUAUUGCCAACCAAAGUCAGCCCGACAUCCUGAAGUCGACUCCGGAUCAUGGCGUGCAACGUUCUGAUUCUAAACGAAGGACUCAUGUUGAUUCCGGCCUAGCGUGAUACAGGUCCGACUGUGUUACUUGUAAGCGACUGUAGAUCUGUUGACCUUUCAGUUUCAUUGUGAUUAAAAGCUUUUUGUUGUGCCAGAAAGUGUGGAAUUGUAUAUAGACUGGGAUAGAUAUGUUAAUAUGUGUGUGUAUAUAGAUCCAGUAUCGAUUUUUUUAUCUACGGUUGCUGUUUUUUUUUUUCUGUUGUGGAUGAUAAGAAAAGUAUGAGGGAUUGUAAUGAUAUAUUCAGGUACCUUAUUUGAAUGGAUUUUAAGACAAUGAUAGGUGAAAUGACUAAUGACUUCUAUAUUAAAUUUUAAGUUUAAAAAUUCCUUCAUUUGCAAUCUAAUGUAUGUACAUUAUAUACAGUGCGAUUCACAACAUAUCCAAAAAAAUUUGGGAAUAGAUGCGGUAUGAGAAAUGGAGUCAAUAUCGUAAAAAAUUUUUUUGUAAAACUAGCCUCUAACGUAAUUCAUAAUACGUGUGGAGAGUCACAUGGCCUCAGCGACUCCGAAUAUUGAAAUCCGAUUUUACAAUUGUCAUUGCCAUAGUGUU